CGACCGGAUGGCCACGCGCCUUGGGCAUGCAGAGGUUGCGGGUGUGGACAUUACGGGGAAGAGGAGGUCGGUGUGAGGAAGGGGAGUAGAGGCCCAGGAAUGGGAGUCCCAAACAAGUAUCCUAGGGGUCCUGCGCUUGCUCUCCAAAGGGUUGGGAGUUGGAAUACUUUUGAAAUCAUACUGGUCUUGUGUUGCAACUGACUAGCCACGUGACCUUGGUGAAAUUCUUAAAAUCCACUGGAAUUUUUGUUUCAUUGUCAACAAGCUGAAGAUAACAGAAGAACUUUGCCCCACAGUUGUGAGAAUUUAUCUGUCCUGUAAAUGCUCCCCUUGCUCUUGCACUUGGUUUCGUGUCGCCUUAGUGGACCCGUGUUCAGAAAUUGACUUCAGGAGUGAGUUCCUUCUUCCCCACAAGCUGCCGGAGGAUGCAGAGAAUCACCUGCUGAUGGUUUUUGGCUAAGGGGAAACAAGGGCAGCGCUUGCCAGAGGAAUUUUCCAAGUGGUCCAACGCCAGGACUUGCGGCUCCAGUGGACAGUCAGGAGGACAGAGUGGGAUUGGAAGAUCUGCUCUCGGUUGGGACAUGGCGGGCCGGGGCCUGUACGUGGCCACCCUGCUGACAGGGCUGCUGGAAUGCCUUGGCUUUGCGGGCGUCAUCUUCGGUUGGGCUUCCCUGGUUUUUGUCUUCAAAACGGAGAAUUACUUUGAGGAGCUGUGUGAACCGGAUGCCAGGCAGAUGGGCAAUGCCACAGAGCAGGCGGCUAAGGACUGCAAAGCCCAGGAUGAGAAGUUCUCACUCAUCUUCACCCUGGCAUCCUUCACAAACAACUUCAUGACAUUUCCCACCGGCUACAUAUUUGACCGUUUCAAGACCACCGUGGCCCGCCUCAUAGCCAUAUUUUUCUACACCAGCGCCACACUGACUGUAGCCUUUACUUCUGCAGGCUCAGCCGUUCUGCUCUUCCUGGCUAUGCCAAUGCUCACCGUUGGGGGAAUCCUGUUUCUCAUCACCAACCUGCAGGUUGGGAACCUAUUUGGCAAACACCGUUCAACCAUCAUCACCCUCUACAAUGGAGCAUUUGACUCAUCCUCGGCAGUCUUCCUUAUUGUUAAGCUUCUCUAUGAACAAGGCAUCAGCCUCAGGGCCUCCUUCAUCUUCCUCUCAGUCUGCAGUACCUGGCAUGUGGCACGUACUUUGUUCCUGAUGCCCCGGGGGCACAUCCCCUUCCCACUGCCCCCCAACUACAGCUAUGGCCUGUGCUCUGGGAAUGCAAAGGAAGAGAAGAAGGAAGACGGGGAACCCCAGACAGAGGAGGAGAUGGCUGGAGCAGGGGAGCAGCAGGAGCCUCACUCUUUCUGGAGGUAUGUCUUCUCUUGGCGCUUCGCCUGGCACCUGGUAUGGCUGUCUGUGAUUCAGCUGUGGCACUACCUUUUCAUUGGCACUCUCAACUCGGUGCUGACCAACUUGGCCCAUGGGGACAGGGUAGCAGUCAGUGCCUACACAAAUGCCUUUGCUAUCACUCAGUUCUUUGGAGUGCUGUGUGCCCCCUGGAAUGGCCUGCUCAUGGACAGGCUUAAACAGAAGUACCAGAAGGAAGAGAGAGAGACAGGCUCCUCCACCUCAGCAGCAGCCCUCCGCUCGGCAGUCCCCUCGCUGGCCCUGACAUCCCUGCUGUGCUUUGGCUUCGCCAUCUGUGCCUCAGUCCCUGUUCUCCCCCUCCAGUACCUCACCUUCAUUUUGCAAGUGAUCAGCCGCUCCUUCCUCUAUGGGGGCAAUGCUGCCUUCCUCACCAUUGCUUUCCCUUCUGAGCACUUUGGAAAGCUCUUUGGGCUGAUGAUGGCUUUGUCGGCCAUUGUAUCCCUGUUACAAUUCCCCAUCUUCACCCUCAUCAAAGGCCCCCUCCACAACGACCCUUUCUACGUGUAUGUGACGCUGGUACUCGCCACGGUUCUAACAUUCGUCCACCCCUUCCUGGUGUACCGGGAGUGGCGAACACAGAAAGAGACUCCUGCCUCUGUCUCAUAGUUCAGAAGCCCCCACUUUUCAGCCCUGGAGAUGUUUCUUUUGCUUAUCUUUCUCCACCUUUGAGGAGUCCAGUUAGAUUCUGUCUACUCAGCCUACUUGUAUUGAAUAGCCAUGAUUUUCUCAUUAAAAAAGCAAAAAACCUUACUUAGCUACUAGCCAGGACUUCUGAUUAGCAAGAGGAAAAUCUCAAUAGCCACAUGGAUUGAUGUCAUACAGACCAAUAGCAAAGGCUUGUGGAAGCUGGAGCAGCUCCCUGCACAUGACCUUGGCAGACCUUGACCCCAGGGGAGGUGAUGGCAGGAGGAAGGGGCCACCUACUCCUGUUUCAGGCCUGUUUGGCCCUGAAACCUGGGUGUGCCUGGACUCUCUGCCUUCAGGUAAAUUCCCAGAUGAAGAGUGAGGUCGUCAUGGCCUCAGCUGUACUGCUGGUGUUUAUAGGUGGUGCUGGAAGCAGCCCCAGCUUUCCCUCCAAGGCAUAGUCUUGGUUAGGGAACUCACAGUGAGGUUUGGGGGUGAGGACACGGGUGAGAGGGCCGCAUUCCUGGGCCUCAUCCCAGCUCUGCCACAGAUGCUGGGAUGACCCUUGGCCCGGUCCCUUUCUGAUCUGAGCAUCACUUUCCCAUCUGUAAAAUGAGAGUGUUUUGGAGUUGAAGGUUCUUUCUGGAGCUAAUGUCCUAGAAGAUGUUAAGAACAGUGAUAGAGUCAGGCCACCCCAAGGGCCUCGGGAACCAGCUGACUAGCCCCACCAAUGGAUCUCUGAUGAAACAUCUUGGGGAUGUUUUCCUCUUCAAAAGCGGGGAUAGUUAUUUACUUUGGGUCUUUUAUAAACAAUUUCUUUGGGGAAUGAUUUAUAGAAAAAUAAAGCAUCUGUAUCUGAGGCAACUGCUGUUUCCACCUCUCUAGACGGUGUUGACUGAUGUGUGUGUGUGCCUGAGGUCCUGAGGGUGCUCCCUUCUUCCCCCACACCAACCCCUAGGGUAUGAACAUAUCUGGGGUGGUGGGGAUCUGGCUGCACGUCCUAGUGUGGCAUCUGCACCCAGAGCUGGGGCAGGAGCCCUCAGACUAGGGUCUACCUCCUGGAUCUGGGGUUGUGGGCUCAGAGACUCCCCCACCCAGGAGGCCCUUCCUCUGCCUCCUCUUCCUCCCCUCCCCUCCCUCACUCCAUAUCCCCAGCUAGAGGCACUGGAUGGAACCAGAAGGUCACAGUUGGACUGUCAGUUCUGUCCCUCAGCAGCUGGGGGUCUAGGAUCCUGGGUCUGAAGACGGACACCAGAGUUGAAAUGGAUGGAUUUGAUCUUGUUUCCCUGCUCACAAGCUUUCAGUGGCUCCUCUGCCCAAGGACAAAAACCCAGACUGCAGCCUGACAUUCAAGGCUCCCAGCAGAGACGGAGUCUCACUUUAUCACCCUUGGUAGAGUGCUAUGACAUCACAGCUCACAGUAACCUCCAGCUCCUGGGUUUAGGUGAUUCUCUUGCCUCAGCCUCUUGAGUAGCCGGGACUACAGGCGCCCACCACAACACCCAGCUAUUUUUUUUGUUGCAGUUUGGCCGGGGCUGGGUUUGAACCCACCACCCUCAGUAUAUGGGGCCGGCACCCUGCUCACUGAGCCACAGGUGCUGCCCUACAUCUCAGUUUCUUUAUCAGUAUGAUAGGAGAAACAGACACACCUCCUGGCUGCAAUUAGAAAUUAGGUCAAGAGCCUGGCACGUGAUAGUUACUGAACAGAUCACAGCUAACAUUACAGAUAACAUAUUAAAACCCUCAAAAGAGACAUGAUUGCAAGAGGGACUUUACCUAACAAUUGCAACCAGUGUAACCUGGCUUAUUGUACCCUCAAUGAAUCCCCAACAAUAAAAACAAAACAAAACAAAAAAAACCCCAAAAGAUGCUGAAUGUCCAUCGAUUGGUGAAUGGAUAUAUAAAAUGUAUCAUAUGAUAGAAUAUUAUUUGACAAUAAAAAGAAGUAGUGAUACAGGGUGCAAUGUGGAUAACCCUUGAAAACCUUAUGCUAAGUGAAAGAAGCCAGUCAUAAGAGACCCCAUAUAGCAUGAUUCUAUUUAUAUAGGAAAUGUCCAGGAUAUGCCAAUCUGUAGAGGCAGAAAGUGGAUUGAUUAGUGGUUGGCUAGGCCUGGUCGAGAAGCGAAUGGGGAGUGACUGCUAAUGGGUAAGGAGUUUUUUUGGAGGCGAUGAAAAUUUUUUGAAUAUACUGAACAUCAUUAAAUUUUACACUUUAAUGAAUGAAUUGUAUGGCAUAUAAAUUAAAUCUCAAU